GCUGAAGGCUAGAAGCGGGAUUUGUUCUCCCCCCACCCAGCAGGGAGAGCUGAGCGACCUGCGGGGAAAGGCCGGAACUGUGGUGCUUGUGUGUGUGGGGGUGGAGGCGGUGGGGGGGCUCCUUGCCUCUCGGAAGUUGCGGCGGGACGUGACAACUGAGCAAUGAAUAAAUUACGGCAGAGCUUUAGGAGAAAGAAGGAUGUUUAUGUCCCUGAAGCCAGUAGGCCGCACCAGUGGCAGACAGAUGAAGAAGGGGUUCGGACUGGCAAAUGCAGCUUCCCAGUUAAGUAUCUGGGACAUGUGGAAGUGGAUGAGUCGAGGGGAAUGCAUAUAUGUGAAGAUGCUGUGAAGAGACUGAAAGCUGAAAGGAAGUUCUUCAAAGGCUUCUUUGGAAAAAGUGGAAAGAAGGCAGUGAAAGCAGUCCUUUGGGUUUCAGCAGACGGACUCAGAGUUGUUGAUGAGAAAACCAAGGACCUUAUAGUUGAUCAGACAAUAGAGAAGGUUUCUUUCUGCGCUCCAGAUAGGAAUUUUGACAGGGCAUUUUCUUACAUCUGUCGAGAUGGCACUACACGCCGCUGGAUAUGUCAUUGUUUUAUGGCUGUAAAGGACACAGGGGAGAGGUUGAGUCAUGCUGUUGGCUGUGCAUUUGCAGCCUGCUUGGAGCGAAAGCAAAAGAGAGAGAAGGAGUGUGGAGUGACUGCCACAUUUGAUGCCAGCAGAACCACAUUCACAAGAGAGGGAUCAUUCCGAGUCACAACAGCAACUGAGCAGGCAGAAAGAGAGGAAGUCAUGAGACAGAUUCAAGACACUAAAGUUGAAACGGAUGUGAAAACAGUUGCCUCAGGUGCUGCAUCUGGCAAUACAGUCCCAUCUUCAAGUUCCCCUACCUCUCCUACUGCUGAUGUUGCAGCAUCUGGUGACAAAGAGUCAAAUAACCCACAUGCUAUUCCACGAAGACAUGCUCCUAUAGAGCAGCUUGCUAGACAAGGUUCGUUCAGAGGCUUCCCUGCACUUAGCCAGAAGAUGUCCCCAUUUAAACGGCAGCUUUCUUUGCGAAUAAACGAGUUGCCUUCAACGGUGCAAAGGAAGACAGACUUUCCCAUGAAAAACUCAGUUCCUGAAGCCGAAGGAGAAGCAGAUAGCAUUAGUUCCCUCUGCUCCCAGAUUACAAAUGCGUUCAGCGCACCAUCCGAGGACCCUUUCUCCUCUGCCCCCAUGACAAAACCAGUCACCGCUGUUGCACCACAGUCUCCAGCUGUUCAAGUUAAUGGCACUGCCUCUGCCUUCAAUGUGCUUGCUGCUAAACCAGUUCAAACUACUGUAGCACCCACAGCAAUACCAGUUCGUGAAACCAAUCCCUGGGCUCAUGCCCCUGUUGCUCCAGCUGCUACUAAAACUGGAGCCGCAGCCACUCUUUCUGGUACUGAAUGGAGUUCCAAUUCUGGGGCAGCCUCACCAAAUUUGUUCCAAGCAAACCACAAACGCACUCCCUCCGAGGCAGACCGCUGGCUGGAAGAAGUAUCCAAAACUGUCCGAGCACAGCAGCCGCAGCCACAACAGCCAGCUCCCCAGCCACUCCUUCAGCCUCCUGUGGCAGUCUCUCAGGCAGCACCAGCUUUCCCAGUCAGCUCCUACAUUGCUCCUCAGCCGGUGCCCGUCGGAGUGGUGCAGCCAAUGCAGCCUGCGUUUAUCCCUGCUCAGCCAUAUGCCAUAGCGAACGGAAUGCCCUACUCGGCUCCCAGUGUACCAGUGGUUGGGAUAACUCCUUCCCAAAUGGUAGCCAAUGUGUUUGGCACAGCAAGCCAUCCUCAAGUGUCCCACUCUCAUCAGUCACCCAGUCUUAUAAAGCAGCAGACAUUCCCUCAAUAUGAAACUAACAGUGCUACGACUAGCCCUUUCUUUAAACCUCCUGCCCAGCAGCAAAAUGGCUCGGCUGCUUUCAAUGGUGUAGACACUGCCAGGUGGCCCACGGAGGACAAGCAUAUACAGCCCCCUGCUGUUGCACAGAAGGUCGAUCCAUUUGAAGCACAGUGGGCAGCACUGGAAAGCAAGUCGAAGCAGCGUACCAACCCCUCUCCAACUAACCCUUUCUCAAGUGAAUUACAGAAGACUUUUGAAAUUGAACUUUAAGCAGUCCUGUGGUUUGUGCUUUAGUCUCUGUGUGUGUCUGUGUGAGGGUGGGUGCGUGGUGGGGGUUGGGAGGAAGAGGGCAAGGGGCAGAGGGGACAUCCAAACAGCACACUUGAUCACUGAGGUUCCCACAGAAUCACAGUUGGGUAGAGAGGGGGGGGGAACAGUCAUGGGGGAGAGGCCCCAAGCUCCAGCCACAUCACUGUUGGGGAAUAAUCCAGGAAAUGUACCCUUACUGCCUUCCUCCCUGCUUGGGAGCCUGGACUGCAGAGGAAACCUCGAAGGGCUGAAGAUGGGAACUGAGUCCUGAAGCCCUUUUCCCACAAGAACUUUGGAUGACCUUCUACAAUGAAAAGCGAAUGCCACUAUUGUGUAAGGGGUCUCACUUGCUGUGCAUGUCCCAUUCUCUGGAGGAAAGAGGAGUUGUGAACAUGUGAGAGGGGGAAACCUGAAAGCUGCUCUGCAUAGACUGUCUGUGGAAAAGAAUGAGCUUCCAUUUUGAG